AUGAAACUACUGUUGUGCUUCACGUGGCUCGUUCCUGGUAUAGUUUUGGUUGGAGGAAUGGAAAUUCCUGCUGUCGCAGCUUCUGAGACUCGAAAUUUCUCCGGCGGCGGAAAAAUUGGUGGGGGAGCUAGACAUGAAGAAUUGACUCCCCUACUUCAAAAAGCGGAACCGGAUUUCCACGAUCCAAGCGAGGGAAGAGGAGAAAAUUUGUUAGGAGAGGGCCAAAGCCCGGCCAGGAGACGUCCCAAAACCUUUGCGCUGCCACCAACUCCGGGCAAGCUCAGUAUCUGGAGGGGCAAGUGCAGCGCCUCAGGCAAAAAAAAGAUCCACCUGUUACCCCUCUCAUAUGAAUAA